CGGACCCGCAGCUGCUUGCCCAGUUCUACUAUGCGGAUGAGGAGCUGAACCAGGUGGCCGCUGAGCUGGACAGCCUGGACGGGCGGAAGGACCCGCAGCGGUGCACACUGCUCGUCAGCCAGUUUCGCUCCUGCCAGGAUAACGUGUUAAACAUCAUUAACCAGAUCAUGGACGUGUGCAUCCCCCAGGACCGUGCCCCAAGGGACUUCUGCGUCAAGUUCCCCGAGGAGAUCCGGCACGACAACCUCGCCGGCCAGCUGUGGUUCGGUGCCGAGGGCCUGACACCAGGCUGGCUUUUGUGUCUUGAAUGCAGUGGCCUCGUGGUCUAUGCGGACGGACCUCUGAACUUGGACCGCAAGGCGGAAGACAUGUCUGAGCUGUUCCGGCCCUUCCACACGUUACUGCGGAAAAUAAGGGACUUGCUGCAGACCCUGAGCGAGGAGGAGCUCCACACGCUGGAACGGAACCUCUGCAUUUCCCAAGACGUGGAGUUCCCCAUCCGAGCAGAUGUGCAGGGGCCCCCUGCCCUGGCCCCCACCUUCCCCACACCCCUCCCUCCCGAUGAGCUGCUCUCUGCCAAGGCCACAAACCCGGAGGCCGAGCUGGCCUGCUCCAUGCAGUACGACGACCAGGAGCUGGAGCAGCUCAGCCGCAUGGUGCACAGGGCUGGGGACGAGAUGUCAUCCCUGCUGUCCCCGCCCAGCGCCUGCCAGUCCCCGGCGCGCAGGCUGGGCAGCGAGGGCAGCCCCCGGGUGGAGGCAUCCCCGGGCAGCGGGCGGCUGCGGCCCGGCAGUGACGAGGAGGACGGAACAGUAUUCUUCAUGGAUGACGUGGAGGGGGCAGCGGAGGCCACGGGCAGCCCAUCUGGGUGGACGGGCACUGCCAGCACCGACCCCCAGGACACAGGGCAGGGCGGGGAGGCGGGGGUCCGCGUGUCAGGGGAGAAGGAGGACCUGAGUAAUAACAACAACACCCAGGACGACAAGAUGCGGCCGGCCGGCCCCAACUCCUGCAGCUGCCUGGACGCCCAGCCGCACCUGGACGGCUGGGAGGUGAGUGUGGACGAUGCUGGGACGGCCGAGAUGAUUGCCCACCGGACAGGGGGCAUGAAGCUCUCAGCCACGGUCAUCUUCAAUCCCAAAUCGCCCACCUCCCUGGCCUCUGCCGUCACCGCCCUGGAAGCCCCCGGAAACAGCAUUCCCCCGCUGGAGCCCGUGGCCGAGGGGAUGGACGGUGACUCCCACAAACUGAGCACUGCGGCCACCAACUGCCUCAUUAACUCCUGCGUGUGCUGUGGGAGUUGUGGGGGCAGCAGGGAGGACACAGGUGAGAGCCUGCGGGACAAAUGCAGCCCUGGAGGCAUUGUCGGAGCCUCUUAUGUUGGCUCAGCCAAGGCCAGCGCCAAGGGCGAGGCGGAGAGCCUGGAGGAGGCCCAGCCUGCCCUGGAGGCACUGCCCGUGGGCACCCUGGCCUCCCUACCCUCAGAAGAUGCCCCCGACAGGCAGGAACCCAAAGUCCCUACUUCCAGCAAGUGCCUGGCACACACCUCAGGGCCCCCGGGGGACUCAGCAGACAGGCUGCUCAGUGGGGGCGAUGGCGCAAGUCAGCAGGAGCCUGAGGGCGGACAGCAGGACGCCGGGCAGCCCUUGGGCCCCAGGCCAUUUGUGAGGCGCAAACCCAGGUUCAUCGGCCACGUCCAUGGGAUGAAUUCUUAUCCACAACCUGCUGGACGGCUUUCGUCCUCAAGGCACCUGACUCGGGCCCAGCGUCAAUUGGUGACAGCCAAUGGACACCUAUUCUGUCUGGAACCCGCUCUUGCUUUCCUGACCUGCCCUGCCAUGGACACUGCUCGGUCACGUCACACUGUCAGGUCUCAAAGGCUGAAGCUGAGCCGAGCAAAGGAAAGACAACCCCCACCGUGGACUCCUCCGCCCUUUGCUGGGGGCCCUGGGUCCAGCUCCAAGCAGCUGCGGCUGCAGAGAGGCAGCACCCUGUUUCUGGAGCAUGGCGCCGCCUCCCCCUGGGCCCCAUCGACCUUCUUCCCUCUAUGGAGGGAACAGUUUGAGAUCCUUCUGGUGCCCCUCCAGACCAGGCCACGGGCAGCCUUGGUGCCCAGCCCAGGGACGGGCCAGAUGCCGCCGGCACAGGCUGAUCUUCUCCAGCAGCUUGUGGUGGGCAACCGCAGGGGCCGGCUGCUCGAUGCCCUGGGGCAGCGCCUGCCCUGGGCGGGGCCUGGUCGCAGCUCCACAGUGGACAAGCCCACGCCGGAGGCGGUCCCCGCGGCCACAAGGGAGAAGAUCCGGUCGAGGUUCCACGGCAGCCACGACCUCAUCCACCGCCUGUUUGUCUGCAUUUCAGGUGUGGCUGACCAGCUGCAAACCAACUAUGCCAGUGACCUGAGAAGCAUUCUCAAGACCCUCUUCGAGGUCAUGGCCACCAAGCCAGAAACGGACGACAAGGAAAAGUUAAAGAAGGUCACCCAGACCCUGCGGAGUGCGGCCUUGGAGGACUGCGCCCUGUGCCAGGAGACCCUGUCGUCCUCCGAACUUGCAGCCAAGACCCGAGAUGGGGACUUGGAAGACCCGCCCGAGUGGGUCCCAGAUGAGGCCUGUGGCUUCUGCACCGCGUGCAAAGCGCCCUUCACCGUCAUCCGCAGGAAACACCACUGCCGCAGCUGUGGGAAGAUUUUUUGCUCCCGCUGCUCCUCACACUCUGCCCCGCUGCCCCGCUACGGGCAGGUGAAGCCGGUCCGCGUGUGCACACACUGCUAUGUGUUCCACGUCACGCCCUUCUACAGCGACAAGGCAGGAAUCUGACAGCAACGGGUACUCACCAGACCCCCAGGGCCCAAAGGGCGCCCAGGAAGGCGCCGAGGAAGGCUCCCCACCCCUCCUUCCAGGCGCGGGCUUCCAGAGGGUUCAUGCAUUUCAUCGAGCUGCUGCCAAGGAGACUUCCAGAACAUCCAGUGCCUCCGUCCCAGCCACACUGGUUGCCCGGCCUAUGGGGACCCCAGGCCAGCUGCAGGGGCCAACAGGAGGUCAGCUUUGGCCAGCGAGGAUACCCAGGGUGCCAGGUGGCUGCCCAGGCACAGGUGGGCUCGCCCCCUGCCUGUCCACCUGCCUGCUGAGCUGCUGCGUCAAGGCUCGGCCACCGCAGAAGGCCUGCUCAGCGCUUGUUCGUGACAGGGAAGUGGGGGCCUGGUCUGAGCCCCAGGCAACCUCAGCACCAGGGAUAAAUGCGGGGCAGGUGGUAGACACCUACGGGGGAAGGGUCAGGCCUUAGGGCCCCCUGGGGCUUCCCAUGUGCUUGCUGGAUGAGAAAGACAGGGCGUCCUUCUCUCCCCCGCGCCCUAAGGCCACAGCUCCCACCUCAUCCCCAGGCACCACCCCCUCCCCACUCCCCUCAGGACCUCGGCUGAACAACAUGCAUCUCUUUACACCCAUGGUCCUCUCGGCAAGUAGCGUGCCCCUGCGUUGCCCGUCCGCCCCUGUCUACCAGCUCAUGGGGAGGGGCAGCAUAGAGACCCACAGGCAGAGGUUUCUAGGUCUUUGGGUGGCCAAGGACACCAAGUGUCGCCCACUCCCUUCCCACUUCCCCUUCCCUCUGCACCCCUGGGACCUUGGCUCACCUCCUCAGACCCCUGAGCGGCCCGGGUCCCAGCUCGGACACCUCCUCAGGCUUAAAUCUCAGGCUUUACAUUGCAAUGACAAUUGCAGCUUUAUUUUUAGAGAGAUGACAUACCUACCGCUUCUUUUAUAGGAUAAAACCCAAUUACUAUUUAACAGUGGAAUAUACGUGCAUAAAAAUGGCUUCGGGGGGGGGAGGAGUAUAUAAUGGAGUAAAUAUUAUGUAUUGAGAUUAUCUUUAUUUUCUAAAUGCUGUAAUUUGAAACCAUUUCCAUAAAUCUAUUUAUGGACUGCAGACACUCA